CCUACGCAAGAGCACGCUGUGCGCAAACUCAGCAUCCAUUCGCCCGUAUACAUCCAUUUCUAUGCGAUAGCCAACAAGUUGUCUGACGUUCUAGGCAAUAUUAUCUCCCCUUUCAAUAGUUACUGUGCUAUUCGUACAAAAUAUCAAGUAAUUAAGGCGGGAGCCACCUAAAUAUAUAACUUUAGUCAGAACAGAAGGGAGCCGAGGAGAUGCUGAUAACAGCUCGGUUGCAGAGUGUGCAGCUGUACUUAUGUUGUUUGGUCUUCCUGGUCAACUAUUUUGUUCAAUCACAUGCAUCGGCCUGUAGGGCGAGGCAGUUCCAGUGUGGCAACGGGAAGUGCGUCACGUCGAGCUGGGUGUGCGAUGACGGAGACGACUGCGGUGAUGGCACUGACGAGCUGCCCGCCACAUGCUUGGCUAAGACCUGCAAACCCACAGAGUUCGCCUGCGGCGGCCGGCUGAACCGCUGUGUGCCCAGCAGGUGGCGCUGUGAUAGCAAGCCUGACUGUGAGAACGGGGCGGAUGAGGAGAACUGUGAGCCCAAGAAGUGCACGGACGAUGAGUUCCAGUGUAAGAGCGGCCAGUGCGUGUCCGUCUCCUUCGUGUGCGACGAGGACGUGGACUGCCUGGAUGGCAGCGACGAGGACUCCUGCCCCGCCUCCACCUGCAGCUCCACGUCCUUCCGCUGCAACAACUCGCAGUGCGUGCCGCGCCUCUGGGUCUGCGACGGCGACGUGGACUGUCCGGACGGCUCGGACGAGAGCGCGCAGAGCUGCCAGGGCAAGGCCCCGCCCGUGCGCACCAGGAUCUGCUCCCAGCAGGAGUUCCAGUGCACCAGCGGGGAGUGCAUCCACUCCAGCUGGAAGUGCGACGGUGGGGCCGACUGCAACGACCACUCCGAUGAGGCCAACUGCAGCAAGCCCACUUGCCGCCCAGACGAGUUCCAGUGUAGCGACGGUACCUGUAUCCAUGGCAGCCGGCAGUGUGACCUGGUGCACGACUGCAGGGACCUGAGCGAUGAGCUGGGCUGUGCCAUGACACAAGCGUGCGAGGGUCCGGCUCGGUUCAAGUGCCGUAACGGAGAGUGCAUCAGCAUGGACCAGGUGUGCAACCGCAGGCGUGACUGCAGGGACUGGUCUGACGAGCCGCUCAAAGACUGCGCUACCAACGAGUGCCUGGCCAAUAAUGGAGGCUGCUCCCAUAUCUGUAAGGACCUGAAGAUUGGGUUUGAGUGUCUGUGUCCUGCUGGCUUCACCCUGGUGGACACGAAGCAGUGCGAAGACAUUGACGAAUGUGCCAACCCUGACAUCUGCAGUCAGACCUGUGUCAACCUGGAGGGCAGCUAUAAGUGUACAUGUGAAGAUGGCUACCAGCUUGACCCCAGGACCAACGCCUGCAAGCUCAUCGAUGUGGAUAUCCCUUACCUCUUCUUCACCAACCGCCACGAGGUCAGGAGGAUGACCUUGGACCGCAGGGAGUACACGCGCUUCAUCCCGCGCCUAAAGAACGUGGUGGCCCUGGACAUGGAAAUCCCCACACACAGGGUCUACUGGUCUGACCUGUCACAGAAGAAGAUCUACAGCACAAACAUGGACACAGCCAACGAUCCCACCUUCCACAACACCGUAAUAGAGACCGACAUCGGAGCAGCAGAGGGGAUCGCUGUCGAUUGGAUCCACGGCAACAUCUACUGGACAGACAGCAUAUACGGCACCAUCUCUGUGGCCAGCUCAGAUGGAUCCCGGCGCAAGACGCUGGUCAAACAGGGCCUGGCCAAGCCCCGUGCCAUUGUGGUGGACCCACACCACAACUUCAUGUACUGGACUGACUGGGGCGACCCUGCCAAAAUUGAGAAGGGAGGGCUGAACGGAGCUGACCGCACCCCGCUGGUGACAGACAACAUUGUGUGGCCUAACGGCAUCACCCUGGACAUGAUUAACCAGCGGUUGUACUGGGUGGACUCAAAAAUGCACACCCUCUCCAGCAUUGGCAUCCAGGGAGAGUCCCGGCACACACUCAUCUUCGACGAGCACAAGCUGGCGCACCCUCUCUCCCUCACCGUCUUUGAGGAUACUGUGUUCUGGACAGACAUUGGCAACAACGCAAUCCUCAGUGCCAAUCGUCUGACAGGAAGUGACAUCUCUGCGCUGGUGGAGGACCUGGCAUCGCCUGAGGAUAUUGUCCUAUACCAUAACCACAAACAGCCAUCGGGCAAGAAUUGGUGCAAGGAGAGCACGUUGGUCAAUGGAGGCUGUGAGUUCCUGUGCCUUCCUGCUCCUCAGAUCAACUCACACUCGCCCAAGUACACCUGCGCCUGCCCAGAUGACAUGAUGCUGGGCCCAGACAUGAGGAAAUGUGUUCCAGCUGUUGAAACCCCAGUGCCUCCCGCUAAGCCUGAUGGUGCGGCCACCACUCCCAAAGCGGCAGCCAAGACCACGCCCAGAACCCCAGCCAAGGCCACACCCACAACCCCACCCAGAACCCCAGCCAAGGCCACGCCUACAACCCCACCCAGAACCCCAGCCAAGGCCAUGCCCACAACCCCACCCAGAACCCCAGUCAAGACCACGCCCACAACCCAACCCAGAACCCCAGUCAAGACCACGCCCACAACCCCACCCAGAAUCCCAGCCAAGACCACUCCCAAGACCGCACCCAGCACACCAGCCAAGACCACUGCCAAGCAACCACAACAUGCCCCAACUAUCCCUGCCACCACUGCUGCACCUGCCACCACCCCAGCUCCACCCCUGCCUCGCAUUACUCCCGCCAACCCUACCACGACCAAGAUCCCCCAGCUCACCCCACACCAAGGAAACCUGAAUGUAAUUGUUCCCACUCCCAUGGGUGCCCAAGCUUCCCAUACCGCUCUGUACAUUUUUCUUCCCAUUGUGCUGCUGUGUCUGGUGGCCUGUGCAGCUGUGCUCCUGUGGAGGCACUGGAAACUGAAGAACACCGUCAGCAUCAAUUUUGUAAAUCCCGUUUACCAGAAGACUACGGAGGACGAGGUGCGCAUCUGCAGGAACAACAGCCAGGAGGGCUACACCUACCCAUCGAGACAGAUGGUGAGUCUGGAUGAAGACAUGGCAUGACCGAUGAGAGAAAUGUCUGAAAGUGAUGAGAAACAAACAAAAUGGCGGGAACAACAAGGUUGGGUUUUAUGAGCUGCUUGCAGAUAGUUCUUAUUCCAUCUCAUUCUGGGCUAGAAAUACCGCAGCUUUGGUCAUGUGACCCACCAGAAGCGAAAAAAACCCAAAGAAUAUCAAAGGGGGUCAGCUUGACAAGAGCGCAUUUACAUCUCCAAAUCCAUGUGUGUGAAUUCAGAGGAACAGAAACCAAAGACCAAGAGAAUCACCCCUCAUUCUACCCCUUAUCCACCUCAGAUGAGUUUCUGGCAAAAGAAGGACUCUCUCAGAGCAGAGAUGCAGUUCACAUAUACUUGACUUUAGAAUGCUGAACACUGUUAACAUGGACACUGACCGCAUUUCAACCGUGGGUCAUACUUGCAAUGUGUUACUUUAAUAUUGACCUUUUCAGGCAAGUUUAAAAAGAAAUGUGAUCUUUAUUCCUGCCAACCAAUGGUGAAGAACCCUUGAAUUUUUCAUAAUAGGUUAUAUAUUGUUAAUAUGGUGAGGUUGUAAAUAAUGUCUUUUUUUGUUUUCGUUCAAAUAAUUUCUCAUAUAUUUUUAGGUUUUGUACAUAGCAUUCCUUGCACUACUUUAAAGUUUGGGAUUUUGUGUUUAAAAAAGAACUGAGGCCUAUUUUAGUGCUAUACCCAGACAAGUACUAAUGAAAAAUGUUUGCACCAAAUGAAAAUGACUUAUAGUGAAUGUAAUAACCAGUAGGUGAAUAUUGUGUUAUUAAGAGAGCCAGCUAGUCACAAUUGAACUAUGCCAACACUACUCCCUUAUCAUCCACUUUCAUAGUGUGACCUGUGCUAGUGGGCGUAGCAGCCUUUGCAACAGACCAAAAUCAUGUUUUGAUUAUAUAUUAAGAUACAUCCCUUUGUACAGAUAAGAUCUGCAGAAUGAUGUCCAUAAGCCUUAAGAACAGAAGCCUUAUCGUCUGUCAAUGUUAUAAGGAAGUCAUUUCAUCUCAGGGUCAGAAACUCAAGCUGUCUUAUUUCUUAUUUUAUUUCAUUGCCUUAUGUUCAUCUGUCAGUCCUGGAAAGUAAAUGUAUGUGAAUUUGACUCAGUCAGAAUGAGCCAAAACCGACACUGCAGUAGUCAAUAACUGGAUUGCAAAUGUCCGUCCACAACUCAACACAAUUGAGUGACCCAAAGAUCACAAGGUGCACUUCUUUAAUCACAUUGUCAUAGAGCAUGAUAUCUAUCUUCUGCUCUUCUCUUAGAAACAUUGCUUGUAUUUCGAAGUUUAGUACAUUUCAGGUAUACAAGAGGUAUAGCCUGGUGGACUCUAAACAUUUCAAUUUAAAAUGCCCCUUUUCAUCAUUAUAGCCACAGAAUGACAAUAAGUGCAUGUGUGAAUGAUGUAUUUGUAUCUGUGGGAUAGUGAUGUUCAUUGACAACAUUUAUUUUUGCGAAUGUGUAAAUAUGCUGUACAUAUGUAACAUGUAAAUAUCUCCUCCACAUAUUGGUUCUCUAGCCCUGUCAGGCCUGUACAUUUUAAACAACAGUUGUACAUAAAUUACUCAUUUAUUUAUUUCACAUGUGCACACCUUAGACAAAUAUUGUUUUUAUCUCCAAUUCACUUCUUUUUAGAAUAUGCCUGACUUUUCUGACCAGUUGUCCUAAAAUGUAAAAUGUUGUAGUUUUCUGAUGUUUUCACAUCAGUAUGUUUGUAACUAUUUGGGUUAAGCCGACCAAGGAAGCCCUAAUCAGGAUUGCGUUUGAUAAUAUAAUUCCUCAUUCUAAUGGAAUGGCCAUAGAAAAAAUAACUUCACUUUAUGUCUACUUUUUAUGUAAAUGACAUGAUGAGACAUGUACAUUAAUAGUAUAAGCUUCUAAACUGCUCAUGGAGAGUGACUGUUGUUGAGCCAAGAUUGCUGAUGGAUGUAAUGCCACAAGGCCUGGAUUCUCUGUUUAAAAAGGACACAUCUAGCAGAUGUACUGUACUUAGUAAAUUUGCAGACAAUUUUGUCCCAAACGACUCACAAAAAUGCAUUCCAUAUGGAAGACAAAUACCAUAGAGGCAUAUACAGUCACAUGUAAGUCUUACUGUGAAGGUAUGUGCCUCAACACCUGUAGGAUACAAGGAGAAAAGAGCAAGUUGAUUUUUUAUCACAAUUUUCUAACCUCAUUUCAUGGGCCGAUUUCACUAUUAAUGGCUUCAUUAAUAUAUCUGAUUCAUUGUGCAUUCAAAUAAAUACAAAAACACACUGUUUCGUUUCUUGCAUCACGUGUGCUUUAAGCUAUCAUCUUUGCGUAACAUAGUUGUGUUUAUGAUUUAAGAGAUUGAAUAAUCCUGCCAUUACUACAUUCCUGUGAGGGUGAAACUAAAACUUAUGUUUCCACCGUGCAAUCUGUCACAGUUACCUCAUCUUCAUGUUUCACAUGAGCAAAGUUCCCUUUAAUUUCUCUUACAAAAAAAUACAAACCCCAAAUAUGUUGUGACAGCAGAGACAUGCUCUCACAUGUUGGCACCCUGGUUAUACAUGGCUGUAUCAAACUGUUUUCUUCUUAUUUGUCUUUUUUCAUAAAGAUGGUCUAAAUUUGAAAA